AUGAAGAGAGGUCGCGUAAUUGCCAGAGACAUCAACAGAAAGGUCGAGAAAGUUAUUGAUAAUAUCUCUACUAGAACUAAUUCUGAAGAAGAGCGCCAGUUCGCUACAUCUGCAAGAGAACCGAUGGAUAUCACUGAAGUUACGCAGCUGCACGCUCCACGGAAAACUAAAGCGAGCACAGCUUGGUUCGGUGAAGUGAUUAAUAUCAACCUACUGAAUCAUGCCGACACUGGAAAAUCCAGAGGGUUUUGUUUCUUGUGCUAUCAAGACCAAAGAAGUAUCGUGCUAGCCGUUGACAAGUUCAAUGCUAUAACUGUGAGUGGACGGACUGUGUUCGAAUCAAAACCACUUCAUAAUGUCGUUCGUUUUGUAGCUCUGCUCAAGCGAGUAAUGCGAGUGGAUCACGUUGAACAGUACAAAGUUCCAGAGCACAAGAAGAACGCAACUGAGCAAACGAAAUGA